AUGCCGAGACGCCGCCAGCUUCUGUCUGCCUGGGACUCGCAGGUGCCCCCUGAGCUGAUCAAAGGCUGGCCCGAAGCUCGGAAGAAUGGCGGCGUGUGCGCCUUACAGCGCCGCUCGCCACUCGCCGCUGCAGUUCCAAGGUGCAGAGCUUUGAAGGAAAUGGAUUUAAUUAAAAAUUCGGAGUCAGACUGCUACUGCUACCAUCAAAAAACCCAAAUCGAGUGGAAAUACAUAUGGUCAACUGUGCAGGUUAGGAUCACCAGCACAGACCUGCUCCGUGUUGCGUAUAUCACAGAAAGACACAACUGCCAGGACCCAGAAACCAUCCUUUGUCUGAUCAAGUGUGAGAUCCACGCGUUCUGGACCCCGAGCGAGUCUCAUGAAAUAUCCGUGAGCAUCCGCCCACACGGGGAGACCGUGUGCUUCUCUGUGAAGCCGGCCGGGAGCCACACGGUGCACGUGACUCACAGGGUUGUGGACUUCGGGCUCGUCCUCCUGUUUGUGGCCGGCAUCGUCCUCUUCCGCCUGGCGGAGCGCUUGAGUCAGAGCCCCGCUUUCUAUUACUCCCUGGGGACGGCGCUCGGCGUCCUGAUGACACCGGUCUUCCUCCUGCUGCUGGCGAGAAGGUGCAUCCGUAAGUGCAGCACCUUUGGGGCUGUGAUGGUUGCUUGUUGGUUUGCUUCAGUGUAUGUGGUGUGCCAGUGGAUGGAGCACCUGCCGUGGCUGUGGGGUGAGCACAGGAUGCAUGUCGUAGGCUACGUCUUGACAGUUGGGUUUCUCAGCUUUGCUGCCUGUUACAGACGCGGGCCCCUGGUUAAGGAGAGGAGCCAGCGCCUCCUGGCGUGGACGCUGCGGCUCCUGGCCCUGUGGACCGCCGUCGGCCUCAUGCUGCUGCCCCGGGGUCUGCACUACCCGGUGAGAGCCCUCAGGAACGUGAAGAAGUGGCUGACGUCCCGAAGGCUGGCGUUCAAGUACCUGACUGAGGAGGAGUACCGGGAGCAAGCUGCCGCCGAGACCACCCGGGCCCUGGAGGAGCUGCGCCAGGCCUGCCGCCGGCCCGACUUCCCGUCCUGGCUGGUCAUGUCCAGGCUCCAGGCGCCGAAAAAGUUUGCAGACUUUGUCCUUGGAGGAAGCCACUUGUCGCCCGAAGAAGUGCGUCUUCACGAAGAGUACAGCCUGGGGGGCGCCUUCCUGGAGGAGCAGCUCUUUAACCUGGGGCAGGGGCAGCGGCCUGAG